AUGGACCCCGACCUCGCUAUGGAAAACCAAAGUGAAGGAGCUGAGGAGGGCUGGAACGGAACUCAACCGGAGCUGACAGAUCGGGAUCUCAAACCCCUCUUCGGUCUCGGCAUCGAGAAUUUCAUCACACUAGUGGUGUUCGGGAUGAUCUUCGCCAUGGGCGUGUUGGGCAACACUCUGGUGAUCACAGUUUUGGCGCGUAGUAAGCCAGGAAAACGCCGCAGCACCACAAACCUAUUCAUCCUUAACCUGAGCGUAGCUGACCUGGCUUAUCUGCUGUUCUGUAUCCCUUUCCAGGCCACUGUGUACGCGCUGCCCACCUGGGUACUGGGCGCCUUCAUCUGCAAGUUCACCCACUACUUCUUCACCGUGUCCAUGCUGGUCAGCAUCUUCACCCUUUCUGCCAUGUCCGUGGACCGCUACGUUGCUAUUGUCCACUCGAGGCGCUCUUCCUCCCUGAGGGUCUCCCGUAAUGCUCUGGUGGGCAUGGGGGUCAUCUGGGCGCUCUCGAUCGUUAUGGCCUCUCCGGUGGCUUACCACCAGCGCCUUUUCUACCGAGAAAUCAGCAACCAGACCUUCUGUUGGGAGCAGUGGCCCAACAAGCAGCACAAGAAAAUCUACGUGGUCUGCACCUUCGUCUUCGGGUACCUGCUGCCCUUGCUGCUGAUCUCCUUCUGCUACGCUAAGGUCCUUAACCAUUUACAUAAAAAACUGAAAAAUAUGUCAAAGAAGUCAGAAGCGUCAAAGAAAAAGACAGCACAGACAGUGCUCGUGGUAGUAGUCGUAUUUGGCAUAUCCUGGUUGCCACAUCAUGUGAUUCACCUCUGGGCUGAAUUCGGAGUCUUUCCAUUGACUACAGCCUCCUUCUUAUUCAGAAUCACAGCACACUGCCUGGCUUACAGCAAUUCUUCUGUUAAUCCUAUAAUAUAUGGGUUUCUCUCUGAAAAUUUCAGGAAGGCUUACAAGCAAGUUUUUAAGUGUCAGAUUGGCAGCGAAUCUCCUCAGAAUGAUGCCAAAGAAAACAAAAGUCGGGUAGAGACCCCACCAUCAACCAACUGUACCCAUGUAUGA